UGAUAUAGUCCUCUAUGUUUGAAACACUUGACUUGCUCCAGACACGCAAAUCACCACAAAGGGAUUUCACGUCGGGGACAUUUUAGGAAGUAUCUCGGUUCCCGAUAUACAAUCCGUGAUUGGGAUCCAUUUAGCGUGCGUGGGUGUUUGCGUCGCACAAAGUAACUCGGAAGUAAACUCGCUGCGGCUGCCAGACUUGUCAUUGUGUUGUGCAACUACACGACACGCACACGCCGUAAUGCCCAAUAGGCGCCACUAAGCAGGCGACUUUUAUUUAAACGAAUUGCGAGGCCAGAUUUGAACCCGCGGCCUCAGAACUGUGAGCCAGUAAGUUGUGCUAACCGGUCGGGAAGCGGCACAUUUCCAUCAUUUGAUCCAUGAAUACUAACGACGACGACGACGACGACAACCCAAAUUCGAAGUGCCCACGUCGAUCUGGCGGAGCUUUGUUGUCUUUGUACCGUACUUCCGUCAACCCGUUUGGUGUUAACAACACGGCAGAAGCCAAAGUGGCCACAGGACCUCCAGCGGACAGCAUGAGCUCCAAAGGCGGCGGCGCCGCUCUGAGCCGCCGCACCUACGGACUGGCUUCAGAUCCCGACAAACCCAAAUCCGCAGGCAUCGUGAACGAGAAGCUGCUCAGCGACUAUUUGCAUCACGUGUUUCCUUCCGCCAAUCAGACGGCUGCUCCCGCCUACCUCAGGAAGCCGUUGGCGUUCCAGGAUCUCGACGCUCACCUGCAAACGUUGUUGUCCGAAGGGGAAAGCGCUGAUGAUGGCCCAGAUCACGAGGUCGAAGGUCGUCUGGGUCCGCAGCCGGUGGUCCUGGACCACACCAGCGGCUUCGAGGGACUUCUGUUUGUGGACGACGACCUGCUUGGGGUGAUCGGCCACAGCAACUUCAGCUCCAUCCGAGCCACCACUUGCGUGUACAAAGGCAAGUGGGCGUACGAGGUGCUGAUCUCGUCUCAGGGUCUGAUGCAGAUCGGCUGGUGCACGCUCAACUGCCGCUUCAACCAGGAGGAGGGCGUCGGCGACACGCCCGAUUCUUACGCCUACGAUGGAAACCGAGUGCGCAAAUGGAACGUGGUCACCACCAACUACGGCAAGUCGUGGGCGGCGGGCGACAUCGUCAGCUGUCUGAUCGACCUGGACGACGCCACCAUCGCCUUCUGCCUUAACGGGCAGUCGCUGGGUACGGCGUUCAGCGACAUCAAGACUGGUCCCGGCGUGGCCUACUUCCCCGCCAUCAGCCUGUCCUUCAAGGAGUCUGUGGCCUUCAACUUCGGGAGCCGACCGCUCAGGUAUCCGGCCGAGGGCUACCUCCCCCUCCAGGACCCCCCCACCGCCGACCUGCUGAAGGCUCACAAGCUGCUGGGCUUCGUCAAGAACGUCCUGUCCACACGCAUCGACGCGCAGGAGGAGCGCGUGGUGGAGACGGAUUGUUCGGUGUGGAGGCUUCACGGCGAAGCGAGCGUCCUCAUCACGCUGGCGCACAUCUUCAACCACUUUGCUCCUCUCAUGUGUAAAGUCUACCUGGUGGAAGACGUGCUGAUGAACUUCCUGCUGGGGAUCCUGGAGGGCGGCGGUUCUGUGGACGAGCAUCCUCUCAUCCAGCAGCUCCUCGACCUCUUCUGGCUCCUCAUGGAGGACUACGAGGUGAGCGAGUGUCUGAAGCAGCUGAUGAUGUCACUUCUGAGGGCGUACCGCUUCUCCCCCAUCAUCCCCGACCUCGGCUUCCAGAUCCACUACCUCCGUCUGACAACAGCCAUCCUGCGUCAUGAGAAGUCCAGGAAGUACCUGCUCAGCAACCUCACAUUUGACGUGCUGCGUUCGGUGGUCUUCUUCUACAUCAAGACCCCGCUGCGCGUGAAGGAGGCGGGGCUGGAGGAGCUGAUCCCCACCACCUGGUGGCCCACGCACUUCGACAAGGAGGGAAAAGACGAGCGCGAGCCCAAGGACGAGAGUUCGGACGAGCGUCUGCGGCGACGGGCUUACGAGCGAGGAUGUCAGAGGCUGAAAAAAAGAAUUGAAGUGGUGGAAGAGCUGCAAGUGCAGAUCCUCCGGCUGCUGCUCAACAACAAAGACAAGAGCGCAGGCGAAGCCUCCCGCUACAUUUUCCUCAACAAGUUCCGCAAGUUCCUGCAAGAGAACGCCAGCAACAGAGGGCAUCCGACGGCCCUGUGCCCCCCCGAGUACAUGCUGUGCUUCCUGCACCGUCUGAUCACGGCCGUGCGCGCCUGCUGGGACGAAAGCGCCAAGAAGAGUCCGGCCGGCGUCCGCAGCGACGCGGCGUACGUGCCCCCUCAGCUCUUCUACAACGGCAAGGUGGACUACUUCGACCUGCAGAGGCUGGGAGGCCUGCUGUCGCACCUCAAGAAGACGCUCAAAGAUGACCUGGCGAGUAAAGCCAACAUCAUCAUCGACCCCUCCGAGAUCCAGGCGGCGUCCAUGGACGACCUGGACGAGGACGAGGAGAACGGCGCCGUGCAGAGGACGGCGGGGGCGUCGUCGGGCGCCGCUCCGGUUCGGCCGGGCUGGCUGAGCUCGCCCACCCUGGGCCGGGCGAACCGCUUUCUCAGCACGGCCGCCGUCAGCCUCAUGACUCCCAGACGACCUCUCGGCCAGCCCGAGAAGGUCAAAGUGCGCCCCCUCGCCGUGGAGCAACGGACUGAGGAUGACAUCGAAGGUAGCCACGGCAACGACGGCCUGUUGCUGGGGCGACCCGCCGAGGAGUCGGAUCAGCCCGUGGCCGACAAAUCGCUUCUGGAGAUCACCGACGGGAUCGUCAUGAUGUACAACCUCAGCGUGCAUCAGCAGCUGGGGAAGAUGGUGGCGGUGGCGGACGACGUUCACGAGUACGCGGCGGCGCUCAAAGACACGGACGAGAAGAUGGCGCGAUGUCCGGCCAGGAGGCCCGACAUCCUGGAGGAGCUCCACAAGAGUCGGAAGGUUUUUGCCGAGAAGUUGAACCAUCUGAGCAGGAGGCUAGCCUGGAUUAACGCCACCAUCUACUCCAAGGAGAAGAUGUUGGACGUGUACUGGCUGCUGUGCGUGUGCGUGCGCACCAUCGAGCACGGCGACCGCACAGGCUCGCUGUUCGCCUUCAUGCCCGAGUUUUACCUCAACGUGGCCAUGUACGCCUACAACGCGCUCAAGAACUACUUCAGUCCCGCCAGCAACAUGGAGCAGCUGCCAGGCUACGAGGAAACGUUGACUCAGCUGGCGGCCAUUCUCGCCAAACACUUUGCGGAUCCACGGAUCGUCGGGACAGAUAUCAAAGAUGCUCUGAUGCAGGCGCUGGCCAGCUACGUCUGCUACCCACAAUCCCUCAGGGCGGUGGAGAGGAUCCCCGAGGACCAACGCGUGGCCAUGAUGAGGAACCUGCUGGCACCCUACGAGCAGAGACCCUGGGCUCAGACCAACUGGAUCCUGGUCCGGCUGUGGCGGGGCUGCGGUUUUGGCUACAGGUACACGCGCCUGCCUCACCUCCUGAAGACCAAACCCGAGGACGCCAGCCUGCCCAGCCUCCAGAAGCCGUGCCCGUCGCUGCUGCUGCAGAGGCACAUGGCCCGCCUGCUGAGCGCGGACAAGGACAUGGCCGCCGCCUUCCUCAACAGCGUCCUCAACCAGCUCAACUGGGCCUUCUCCGAGUUCAUCGGCAUGAUUCAAGAGAUCCAACAGGCGGCGGAGCGUCCUGAGAGGAACUUUGUGGACACGCGUCAGCUGAAGGUGUGCGCCACCUGUUUCGACCUGUCGGUCAGCCUGCUGAGGGUUCUGGAGAUGACGGUCACGCUGGUUCCCGAGAUCUUUCUGGACUGGUCUCGCCCGUCCGCCGAGCUGCUGCUGCGCCGCCUGGCUCAGCUGCUGAACCAGGUGUUAAACCGGGUGACGGCCGAGAAGAACCUCUUUGACCGCGUCGUCAACUUGCGACUGCCAGGUCUGGAGAGCGUGGACCACUAUCCCAUCCUGGUGGCCGUCACCGGCAUCCUUGUUCGAGUUCUCGUGGACGGCGACCGGCAGGGGACGUGCCGCGCGGCAUGCGUGCUGCUUUCGGACCCGUGCUUCCAGCUCCACUCCAUCCAGAACCUUCUCAGCGAGCCGGGGAGGCCGGAGGCCCCGCCCCCUCCCUCUCCCGUCAACCCCUCGGAGCGCAAGCAUUUCUCGCUCAACGCGUACAGCGACUACAUCAGCGCAGAGGAGAAGAACAAAGUGGAGCGCAUGUUGGUCUUCCUCGCCAGGGAAUCGCAGCAGGCGGCGACCAGCGCGCAGCCGACGAGCGAGGACGACCUUUGCCCCAUCUGCUACGCGCACUCCAUCUCGGCCAUCUUUAAACCCUGCUCGCACAAGUCCUGCAAAGCUUGCAUCAACCAGCACCUGAUGAACAACAAGGACUGCUUCUUCUGCAAGGCCACCAUCACGGGGGUGGACGACUACCGCAAGCCCCCCGCCUCGUCCUAACGGGGUCGGUCGGGGGCUCCUCCCGGUCGCGUUGCGCCAGGCCAAUAGUCGUGCUGUGGAGUGUGUGCGUGUCCUCUUAUGGAAUUAAAUUAUUCAUCGCAAAGGAG